AUGAUUGGUAACUUGGCUCAUAUCGCAAGGUUUUGCUUAGGAAACAUGGCAGCAACAGCAGAUCACUUCAUGUAUUUUGCUUUUGGAAGCAACUUGUUGAAGGAGAGACUUCAGCUGGCGAACCCCUCAGCUAUAUUUCAUUGCACCGGCCGACUGAAGCAGAACUACACAUUGAACUUUGGUCUGUGGGGGGAGCACAUUGAUAACCGUUGGCAUGGAGGAGUAGCAACCAUCGAGCAGAAAGAGGGGGGAGAGGUGUGGGGGGUGGUCUGGAGGAUGAGCAACGACCACCUAGCCAGCCUGGACCAGCAGGAGGGGGUGGACAUGGGUAUGUACUUCCCCUUAGAGGUGACAGUGGAGACAGACAACGGGGCGCUGCUCUGUAGAACGUACCAGAUGAACCGCUUCCACGCCUGUCCCCCCUCGCCACAAUACAAACAGGUGGUGUGUUUAGGAGCCCAGCAGAACGGUCUACCAGUGCAGUACAUGAGGAGACUAGAGGAGGUUCAGACCAACAACUACAGCGGCCCUUCUAUCCUGGACAAGAUCUCACAGGUCAUUAAGUAAUUCUGAUAUUUUUUUCCACUAAUUGGUCUUUUGAUUUGGUGUUUUGACCAAUCGGAUCAGCUCUGAAAAGAUCUGAUAUGAUUAGUGGAAAAAAUAUCAGAAUUGGGCUGCCUGUGUAAACGUAACCAGAAUCUAUCUGAAAUGACAACCAAUUGAGCUCUGGUCAAAAGUAGUGCACUAUAUAGGGUGCCAAUUUGGACAAACACACAGACAGGCACCAUAAAGACUAAUGCAUGUGAUGUGGCUUUGGAGAGAUUUGAUGACGAAUGGUUCAAUUGAAAUGGAAUGGGGCCUUUGAGAGAAAUGGGAGAUGUUGUAAUGUAUUUAAUAGAUGUAUACUGAACGAAAUCAGUUACUUCAGAAAUCAAUUGAUUUAAUGUCAAUUGUUAUUCUUUGUUUCUUAAGAAACGUCUGAAGGAUCUCUGCUCCCCAAACUGUAUCUGGUCCAAUUGUCUUUUCCACAAAACAUAAUUUUGUAGUCAUUAACACAUACAACUAUGUAUAUACAGAAUUAUCACCAUAGUGUGAUAUAUAUAAAUAUAUAUAUAUAAAACAAAGAUGCUUGAGUAAAUUAAAGGUGUGUUUUAAAUCAAAUGUUAACAUUUCUGCUGGAUUUGCUAUAUGCUACCUAGAUUUUACACAACGACAGAAAUAAAGCAAUGAACCAACAGAA